AUUAAAAGUAUCCAAUCGUUGAGUUUAAACCCUUUUUCUUAUCACCUGCCGGAGAAAACGAGGAAGAACAUGGAGAUGUCGAGAACGGAACAUGUUUCCUCGACGCACAAGCGUCUAAACGUGAGUUUCAUCGUCUCUCUUAUGGUACUUUGUGCUAGACACGCAAGCCGAGUCUCCAAGAAGCUUAAACUGAAGCCAACUCGUAAGGCAACUCAUCUCGAAGACCAUCUCGAGAGCCCCAACUCCGGUGGAAACCACGGAGAAGGAGGAAGGUUUGGAUGGAGUCCGGCGAGGGCUUUUUCGCCGAUGAGAGGACGUCCGAAGGAGCUUUUGACGACUUUGAGCAACAAAGCUAAGACUAUGGUUGGCCGGAAGAAUAAAGCUUACGACGUUGGAGGUACUCCGGCGAAGAAAAAGACGGCGGUGGAGAUGGUGUUGGAGGAGGAAGAGGAGGAGUUUGGUAUUUGGCAGAGAGAAAUUUUAAUGGGAGGAAAAUGUGAGCCGUUGGAUCAUUCCGGCGUGAUCUACUACGAUUGCAGUGGACAUCAGCUAAAGGAACUGCCUCCGAGGUCGCCACGUGCCAGUUUGGUGCCGGAUCGUCCGCCCCGUUCGUAUGUCGGGUCGGUGUUGAACCCGACGGGAAAGGAAAUGUAAAUUUAGUUUGAGAAUAUGAUUGAUUUUCUGUCUGGUGUGCUUAUGAGGUGAGUGGUAAUUAAAAUCUCUAGAAGUUUCGUUCUUGGCUUGUUAUUGGUAGAUGAUAUCACGUGUUAUGCAUAUUGUUGUGUAAUCUAAUUACGUUUGGAAAAUUAAAAAGUUUAGUGAAAAAUCCAAUAUAAUAAGGGGCAAGUUUUAUU